AACUCACGACAGCAGCGGAAUGUUCCAUAGCAGUGGGAAGGCAUGUCUUGUGACCCCCCGCGAUCCGAUCUAGCACCUUGUCCUCGUGCCCACGGCCGGGGGUCAUGGUCUAGCUACUCAAAUUAAGGUCGGCCCUUCGCUCCUUCCCGCUUUUCUUGCCUUAUAAACUCCGCUGUUUUGCUGUAACCCACUGCCCGUUGAACCUCUAUCCGCGCUCCUUCUUCACUUCUGACACGCCAAUUGCUGAGAACUUGAUGUCGCUGAUCCAGCAUGUCACGCAGCAAGAGGGUACUGACCGUGAAGAGGCGCUCGUCGACCUCUUCCUUCCGCCGAUCGACCGACUAAUCAACCGAGAGCACGCGACCGAGCGACGGCUUUCUUUGGAGAGCGCCAUCUCGUGCUCGGGCUUUUUGAGUGCGGGGAAAACUGUCAGGAGAGUCAUUAGCUAUGAUGCUAUCAAGAAACCGGAGGAGCCGGCCCAGGGUGAAGAGUAUGGAGGUAUCACGCCGUACAAUAUCUCUACCUCGAUGCGUGUUGCGCAGGUCAUUGCGACGGUUCUUGCUUGUUGGUUCGCCAGUGGUAUUGUUUUUGGCUUCGCGGCGCUCAAACCUAUUCUUGUCAAGGAGGGCGUGUACAGGGAUCUCUGCACGUUGGAAGAGUUGGAUGAAAAUGUCGAGGUCUGCUUCGACCAAGACUUGCGGCUCAACUUUUUCUUCUCCGUCGCAUCUACAACGGCCAAUGUUUCUGCGCUUUUGGUGGGGACCAUGCUCGACCGCUAUGGGCCGAAGCUGUGUCUCCUUAUCGGCAGCGCGUGUCUGGCUACGGGGAGUGUGCUCAUGAGCCUUGCGUUCCAGAUCGAUGAGUUUGACGGCUAUACAAUUGGCAAUUUCUUCCUUGCGCUCGGAGGCACUUUUGUGUUCCUGCCGUCUUUCCAGAUUGCUAACGCGUUCCCGAAAUACAGCGGCUCCAUUGUUGCCCUCGUCACUGGCGCUUUUGACGCUUCUGCAGCCGUCUUUCUCUUCUACAGACUCGCCUACGAGGCGACUGACCGAGGAUUCAAGCCACAGACGUUUUUCCUUUUCUACCUUCUCGUCCCUGUUGCAAUCGUACUUGCACAACUCACUUUCCUACCAAGCCAGAACUACAAGACGACUUCCCAGCUGGAGAUGAAGAUCCAGCGAGCAGAGGCGGUAGUCCGAGACGUGCACACAUCAGACGAGGAUCUCCCCGACGAGGAAGUGUGGAGGCGCAGAAAAACGCGCAGCGUCCGCCGUCGCAAGCGACUAACCAAGCUGGACCAGCUCGUCGGCGACCUGGAGACGCGAAAGCAGCGCGAAGAGAAGCAAGAACACAGCCUAGAAACAUCCGGUGUCUGGGGCGCCCUGCACAACAAAACCGCAAAGGAGCAAAUGAUGACGCCGUGGUUCAUCCUCCUAACCCUCCUCACAGUCCUGCAAAUGGUGCGCAUGAACUACUUCAUCGCCACCAUCCGCGAACAGUACACAUACAUGCUCGGCUCGCUCGACCUCGCCACGCGCGUAAACGACUUCUUCGACUGGGCGCUGCCCCUCGGCGGCGUCCUCAGCACCCCCUUCCUCGGCAUGCUACUCGACAACGUCAGCACGCCCGGCGUCCUGCUCAUCCUGCUCCUCGUCAUCACCGCAAUCGGCGUCGUCGGCUCCAUCCCCGCCCUCUGGGCCGGAUACACAAACGUCAUCCUCUUCGUCCUGCUGCGCCCGCUCUACUACUCCGCCAUGUCCGACUACGCGACCAAAGUCUUCGGCUUCGCGACUUUCGGCCGCGUCUACGGCACCAUCAUCUGCUUCUCCGGGCUGGUCAAUCUGUCGCAGACGGGGAUUGAUGCGCUGACUAAGGGCGCGUUUGCUGGUAAUCCCAUCCCCGUCAACGCCUUCCUGGCUGUUUCCGCCUUCCUCAUCGGCUCCGCGUUGGUGGUAUAUGUUACGGUCCAGGUUGUGCGCAUGCGCAAGAAGCUGGACGAGGAGGACGCCAUGACGAUGACGAACACAGAUGUGGGCAGUAUUAUGGAGAGUCUGUUGGAAGAAGACGAGCCCAGGGAGUACGGGACUAUUUACCCGCCGAGACAGUCGCUUGAGGUGUGAUGGGUUGUUGUGACUGUUUGAGUACUAUACUUCUGCUGUAUUUUGAGUAGCGGGUUGAUAUGUUGGGAUGAGUUCUUUCUGCGCAGUUGUCUGUUCACUUAGCGUUGUUUUGAAAGCAUUGCAUAUCAUUGCGUGGGGUUUGCGUAUUUGAGUGUUUGGCCUUGGAUCGACGACGAUCUCCACAGAGAAAGAUAGAAUGUUGAAUAAGUAGAUAGGUCUUCAGGUAGCGUGUUGGUGUGUGGACGUAGAAUAGGGUGUUGUUGUACGUGUCUAAUGUUGAAAUGUCAAAUUAUACCAC